GAAAAAAAGUAGCCCACCAAAGGUAAAUCUGCUUGAUAAGUCUUCAACGCUGAAAAAUACAACCACCGCCUUCUCGCUCGCUCCCUCGCUCCCACCACUCGCAACGCCUCGCACGUCGUCUCCAGCCUGCUCGUACGUGUCCUCUGCUGCCCGCUACCACGAUGUCUGAGCCGAUCAGAAGCAAGAAGGCUGAGGUGACCGCACCGUAAGUGUUAUCUGAUGCGAAGUUGUGCCCCCCCGUCAAGACCAGACGGCCUGGCUGACCGUACUUUGAAGGACCCCUCAGAACACGCCCGCAAACCAUGCCCCUAUUUCUUCACACGCCCAGCAACCUGGCAUCGCCAGCAUCAAAGAAGAGGGCGGCCUUGACCGAGCGGCUGCCGCCUCAAUCUUCGCACAGAACCCCGGGCUCGUUUCUAUGAUCCAGGGCAAGCUCGGAUCGAUUAUUGGACGCUCAUCUGGCUACAUCGAAUCUCUCCCGGCCUCUGUUCGUCGCCGUGUCGCGGGCCUCAAGGGCAUCCAGACCGAACAUGCCAAGCUCGAAGCCGCCUUCCAGGAAGAAGUCCUGCAGCUCGAGAAGAAGUACUUCGCCAAGUACACCCCGCUCUACCAGCGCCGUUCUGCCAUCGUCAACGGUGCUGCCGAACCUACCGAUGAGGAGGUCGAGGCCGGCAAGCGUGACGAGGAUGAGGAGGAAGAUGAGAAGAAGGAGAACGAGGCUAAGCAGCUUCCAGUUGAGUCUGAGGAGACACCUGCCAGUGGUAUCCCAGAGUUCUGGUUAUCCGCCAUGAAGAACCAGAUCUCUCUUGCCGAGCUUAUCACCGACCGAGACGAAGGUGCCCUCAAGGAGCUAACGGACAUUCGCAUGGAGUACCUUGACCGUCCUGGCUUCCGACUCAUCUUUGAAUUCGCCGAGAACGAGUUCUUCACCAACAAGACCAUUGCUAAGACUUAUUACUACCAAGAAGAGAACGGAUACGGCGGUGACUUCAUCUACGACCACGCUGAGGGUGAGAAGAUUGACUGGAAGGAGGGCAAGGAUCUCACCGUCCGGAUAGAGAGCAAGAAGCAGCGUAACAAGAACACCAAGCAGACCCGCGUUGUCAAAGUCACCGUCCCCACAGAAUCUUUCUUCAACUUCUUCUCUCCCCCCAAACCCCCACAGGAAGACGACGAUGACGUUGCAUCUGAUAUCGAGGAACGUCUUGAGCUCGACUACCAACUGGGUGAAGACAUCAAGGAGAAGCUCAUUCCCCGUGCUAUCGACUGGUUCACAGGUGAAGCCCUACAAUAUGAAGAAAUCGAGGACAACUUCGAGGGCGAGUUUGAGGAUGAUGACGAAGAUGACGACGAGGACGACGACGAUGAGGAGGACGAGAAGAGAGGUGACGAUGAUGAGGACUCCGAUGAAGAAGAUGACGGCUCAAAGCCCAAGAAGGAAGCUACUGAGUGCAAACAAAGUUAAAGAACGAAAUUCAAUGACUACAAAAAAAAUCAGGGACACAAAAAGAGAAAACAAGAAACAUGUUGAUUAAAAAAGAACGAUAUCAGCUCAACUGAACACACAAAAAAGCCAAAAAAGAUUACCUUAAACAAUCGGCCUACAAACAGGAUGUCCCUCGGCCACUCUACUGUGCCCCUACCCCCGCCCCUUCCUUACCAUUACCCAUCCUACCCCAUAUCCGACGUCUCUUGUCUCUCCCCAACACCUCCCCAGCACCCUCCUCUAUCCCAUCAACCUUCUUCCUUUUUUUCUUUUCUUUUCUUUUCUCUCUCUCUCCAAUGAACUGCUGCAUUGUACUUCGUUCCGCGCCUUGUUUUUUACCUUACGUCCAUGCUAAUCCCAUCAUCCCCCAUCUCCCAUUUCCAUAGUUGAACGCUUCCCCUUUUUAUUUCUUCCAUGUGCAUCUUCCUCCCCGACACUUCCUUACUCAUUUCUUCAUCCAUCAACUCAUAGUAACUUUAAUAUUAAAAUAUCAAGAUUUUCUCCUCCCCCUUUUUUCCCUUCCUAUUCUUCCCCCUGCAUUCCCCCUAUAUUUUACCUCCUUGACUACGGCCGUUACCUUUCCUUUAUACGAUACGACAUUACUCAUCCCAACCCUUUAGCAUAGAUAAGCUGUGCCUUGAGUAGCUGGGGAGUAGGGAUGAAUAGACGAUGGGCGGAAUGGACGGCGAUAGUGAUAGUGAUAGGCGUCGGAGGUUUGUUGAAGGACCAUGCCAACAACGACAAUAACCGCAGGGUAACCGAACAGCAUCUUUCAUAUUUACUUACCUAGAAACACAGCGAGGAUGAGGGACAGCUACAUGUACUUGAGUAUGGUUUGAUUCUCUGUGUUUGAUAUGUUUCCUUACUUGGGCAUAAAAGUGUUCUGUGUCUGCCUUCGACCGCUCUUCGUAUUUUAUUUUUUGACAGCACAGCGCGAAAUGAUGGUGUGAAGCACUGCCUGGCACCACUCGAACCGAGCACGUAGGCGUAGACGUUGAUACGGUAGUAUUGGUAGUUACUUCAACCUCGCCUCUACUACCUGGCCCCUGGCUCAUCCAUUAUCUCUCACAGACUCAUUCAUCAUCCCUUUGAAAGGUUCGGAGCACGUCCACCCAUAAGAAAGUGCCGUUCACGUGACUAUCACAACUCACCGAGCUAAAAACCUCAUAAUUCCUUAUUUCAGGGGCUUGAAGAAGUUCGACCACCGACCCUCGACGCUACUUUUGAUGAGAGAACCUGCUAAUCUGGCCUUCCAGUCCGUUACCCUUCCCGUCUGUGUUCUCGUCUUCGUCUCUGUUCCUUUAUUCUUAACGGCCCCUUUGCGAGAGGCACAGAGACUGACAACGCCUCGAGCUGUCGUCAUUCUUCUCUUGCAGCAUCUACACUUCUACCUGGUGGCCAGCGAUCUUCUUUUAAUAAUACCUCCCUUUUUUUUUUUUUGUUAG